AUGGACAACGUCUUUGCCAUCGGCGUCGGCCUUGCUCUGCGUGCACUAGUUGACGUGGUGACCCAUCGCAACCAAAGGAUCAAUGGCACUCUCGUUGGCCUCUGGGAGGGGACUGUACUGCACCAUUUCCUGUACAAGUUUCCAGGCUCGCUAGACCCGUACGUCGCCCUCGGCUUUCGCCUCCUUGUCGAUAUGCUCUUCACAGCGAACGUCACAAGACUCACCAUUGUCUUGCUAUGGACCGGAAUUGGGUUGCUGCUGUCCGACGUCAGCUUGGAUCUCGUCGAGGACAAACGGUUUCGCAGGCUCUGGCGCCGCAUUCGUUCUUACUUCCUACUCGUUACGCCCACUCCUGUACGCUCCCAUGUGCAGUUUCUUCAGAUACCCUCAUCCUCUUCCGCUGCCUCCUCGAACAGAGCACGCAGCCCGCUCUCACAACCGCCGAUUGUCGCGGAACGCGCACCCUCCCCGCGGCCCCCGCUCACUCCCGCGCGACGCCCAUCGACCCAGCCUGUCCCUGGCCGGUUCUCUGAUUUUUCUGAGACAGAGACAGAAGCUAGUCGCGCUGGCCGCGAACCUCGUGCGCCCUCAGAGCUCGACUACAUCUCUUUGCCGAUCAUCCCUGACACACCCGCGGUCGAGUCGUUUCCGGCCUUUGACGGACGCGCGCUUUCAGUUUCAUCGCGCCUCACGACGUCAACGGAAGAUAGCGGUCCUUCACGCGCACGCCGUAUCCUACCGUCAGAUGACGAAUCCGGCUUAACGACACCCGUUGAGCUGCUCUCGCCGCCCCCGCAGCGCAGGAAUGAGGAUGGGCUGCCGCCCAUGACGAUAUUUAGCAGCGAGGGCGACGAAGAGCGCACGCCGACGAUGGGUCCUGUAGAAUUACCAGAACCGCCGCUCAUGCGCUUUCCCCUUCGACCUGUCUCAGACGCUCCACCAGAGCUUGUGGAUCUACAAUCGAUGCCGGACGUGGAACCACUGCCCUCAGAUAUGCCUGACAUUCCUGAGCCAGUCACUGACGGAGUCGGGGGCGAUGGUACGCGCACACCGCGGGGCACGGCCAGCAGAGGCCCUCCGCCUGCUUAUGAUGAGCCAAUUGAGCUCGCAGACGACAAUGCAUCUAUAGCAGAGUCGGAAGGGACGAUGUCGAGUGUCGUCACGUCGCGCUCCCUCAACGCCAUCAUCACGAGGGCGGUGUCCAUCCGAGAUGAGGCUCUCAAGCUGGACGAAGCUAGAGCGAAGCUGAACUUGGAGUAUCAGGCAGCGCUCAAUGAUAAGAACUAUUGGCGAGCAUUCCGACUGAAAGUCGAGCGCGACCAGGCAGAGCAGGGUGCAAGGAGGUUGCACGCGAAGGCCGAGCGACGAUUUUUCCGAGCGCACAACAUGGAGCCAGCACCGCAGACAGUCGACGUUCACCGUCUGCACGUCCCAGAAGCUGUGGCCAGAACAGAGCAGGCUCUAUACGAUGCCAUGGUCGCAGGUGCACCUGAGCUGCGAAUAAUCACCGGUCGCGGGAAGCAUUCAAAAGGCAAAAUCCCCAUCCUUAAACUUGCGAUCAUCGGUGCGAUGCGAGAUCAUCACAUCGACGCGAAGCCUGACAUCUUGAACUCUGGCGUACUUCUCGUUAGGCCUCCAGCCAAGCCGGCUGAGGGUUCGUCUACCGCUUGA